AUGCCAGCGGCAAUGUUGAACAGGCUAACCCCGAGCAAGCCACCUUCAGGUCCAGCGAAGGUGACGCUUCCGAAUCACUUGACCGUUCUCAGCACAGGGCAUCACGCAUCAUAUCCAGUUGCCAUCUCAGCAAUGUGGCGGGCACUCCUUCCAGAGUACGAGAUUCAGAUUCAGGAUCAUUCCUUUGACGACCGCUACUGCCAGCUUCACGGCACGUGUUCUGCAGACAGUCGUUUUGCGUGGCUUGGUGAACACCUCAGAGGAACACUUGUUCGAACCUGCGGCGGACAUUAUCUGAAAGGCUUUGAGGACAUAGAAUCUCUGGCAGAGCACUUCUUCGAGCUUGUCGUCAAAGACCCUACGACAUCGCAGGUGGAUUUGCUUCUCUGUACGCACCCUCCCUACUCAUGCCGCCUUUUUUGGCCUUUCGUUCAGCGUCUUGGCUGGCCCUUGCUGGGAUUCUUCGGCGGCACUCUGGAGGCACAUGUUCCAGAAGAGGGAAUGACUGCAUGGCUGCAAGAUUUUCAGGCUAUGGCAGAGGACGCCCGCGUCCAGUUCGCUGCAAUUGCUCCUUUCCUCGCAGAAAAGAUGCGCUUCCAGUCUGGGGUUGACAUUCCAGCUUCUCGUGGAUUCGGCUUCCAUGUCAUCGAGCAGGGCGGCAGCUACUUCCCAAGGAGGUGGGAUGAAGUGCUGCUGUGGAAGGGCAGCAGUGAAUGCGCUGACAAUGAGGAGGCUUUCAAUGAUGCCAUCAGCGCAGUCUCCAAGUCGGUAUCGGAAGGCAGCAGCUCGGAUGUUCUCUUGCGCUUCAUGCACCUUCGGGAGCUUCGAGAAAGUGUCGAGGGUGCGUCGUACUCCAGCAUCACCUCUUUUCGGGCGGUCGUGUUCGUUCCCUACGAGGUGCUGUUGAUGACCUUCUACGAACUCUACCAUGCCGCGAUUCCGCUCUUCAUUCCCGCGAAGGAGAUUGGUGUCUUCUUCAUGUAUCGAGGUCCCGUGACAUUUCCGCAUUGUGACCAAGUACUGUCCCAGACAGAUGAGACAGGUCAGAUGCGCAGCACUACAAGACAGAUGCCACCCUACUCGCCGUUUAACCGGCAAAAUGUGGAGGCGAGGCUGUCAUGGCUGGAGGCAUAUACCGACUGGUACCGGUGGCCACACAACCAGCAAUACUCCUCGGUGGCUGACUUGGUGUGGAAGCUCUAUGAGACUGAUCUGCAGGCUGUCAGCGCAGCAAUGCGCUCGGAGACCGCAAGAGCCAUGGUAGGCGCAAGUGCGUUUUGGAAGGCCGCCUUCGAAAAGGUUCUCGCAGCAAGUCGUGGUGGUUUCUGA